AUGCGCGAAUGCGAAGAGUUUACGAGGAGUUUUCCGCCAGGUCAGCCGGUCCAGGCCCCGCUGCCGCCGCCACGAGCCCCGGGUCUCGACGCUCUGUACAACCUAUGUCGGCAGAUCUAUCCGGAACAGAUCAAUCCCUUAACGGUCACGGCAAUCGUGAAAUAUUGGCUAGGAGGGCCUGAUGCCCUCGACUACAUUAGCAUGUACGCUAAUCCAGGAUGUCCCGAGCUCGGAGUACCUCCACAUUGGCACUAUGUCAGUUUAGGAUUGUCCGAUCUACACGGCGACGGUCGGUUACAUCCUAAACCUGGUCCAGGUCGUCCCAGCGGAUUCGGAUUCGAGUUAACUUUCCGGCUCGUUCGCGAAAGGGGCGAGAUGACGCCGCCCACAUGGCCGGCGAAUGUGAUGCAGCAAUUGGCCAAAUAUGUUUUCAAUUCCGGGAAUACGUUGAUGCCGGGUGACCACGUUUCUUGGCACGCUCCGUUGGACAACGGAAACGGUCGUAUCACCCAGAUCUUGAUGGGACAGGAUCCGCAACUGCCGACGAUUUCAACGCCUCACGGCGACGUUUCAUUUGUUCAAAUUGUCGGCGUCACUUCCGAGGAACUGCAGGCGGCUCAACAUUGGAACGGUCCAGGUGUCGUGAAUUUAUUAAAAAGCGCACGAGAUUGCGGUCCGUGGUUACUCACGAACAUGAGAAGAAUGCAUUCCGCCAUGGAAGACGAUCCUUCUAUAGCGGAGAAGAUACAAUGCGGUAUCGAGAGAGAUGGAUCAAACACAAGUGGUGUAUCCGCUAAAUGUUGGUGGGUGCAAAUAACGAACGAUAAGAGCGCGGAGAGAUAUAGGGAGAGAAGAAACGAUUCCGACGAUGAGGAGGAGAAUGUGAAACCGAUCGUAAAAACGGAAAGGCUUUCGCCGUGCGAGCAGAAGGACACAGUUUCUGAUGAAAAUUGUAUUAGAGUUCUAUCCGGAUUACACCUAACGUUCAACCUCGAAGCCGGCUCAUUACUGCCGUUAGCAUUAAAAGGCCGUGUGAUGCACGGGAGGCAUUUCACAUUCAAAUCCAUAUUGUCCCAUACGGCUAUCACGAUAGUUGCGCCAUCGGUCACAGGUACUUUCGUGUCUAAGGACAGACCGUACGUUGUUCAAGGUCCAUGGCUGCAAGUGCUUCUCUCAGAAGAGUUAUCCGAAAGAAUGGCCGAAGAAUUUCAAAUUUUGAACGCAUCGGAUAAGAUUCAAUUGCCAAAGACGUUUUCUUGGCCGGAACAUAAUUUAGCCAUCACCAUCAUCAACGAUUAA